AUGGUGAUGAUAACGGUAAUGGUGACGUUGACAGUAAUAGUGACGAUAACGGUGAUGUUAACGGUAAUGGUGACUGUGAUGGUGAUUGUGGUGGUGACGGUAACAGUGACGCUAACAGUCAUGGUAAUAGUAAUUGUAACAGGAAUGGUCACGGUAACGAUAAUGGUGAUGAUAACUGACGGUUACUACGACGGUAAUGAUGAUGGUAAUGGUAACAGUAACGGUCACAGUGACGAUAACGGUGUCGAUGAUGGUGACGGUAACAGUGACAGUAAUGGCGAUUACGGUGAUGGUAAUGGUAACGAUAACCGUAUCAAUAACAGUGAUGGUGACGGUGACGAUGACUGUAACGGUAACAGUGACGGUAACAGUGACGUUACGAUGUCGAUGACGAUAACGGUCAUAAAAACGGUGAAGAUAACGGUAUCGCUGAUAGUAACAGUAAUGGUUAAGAUAACGGUAACGAUGACUGAUGGUAACUUUAACAGUAAUGGUAAUGGCGACGAAAAUGGUAACAGUAACAGUAAUGGUGAUGAUAAUGGUCAUGAUUACAAUAAUGGUAACGAUACCGAUAACGAUAAUGGUAACGAUAACGAUGAUGUUGAUGAUAACAUUGAUGAUAAUGGUGAUAGUAAUGAUAACAAUGAUGAUAGUGGUAAGGGUGACAGUGAAGGUAACGGUAACGAUAAUGGUGACUGUGACAAUAACGAUGACGGUAAUGUUGACUAUAACAGUGACUAUGAUGGUAUCGGUGACGGUAAUGGUGAUGAUAACGAAGACGGUAACGAUCACGGUAACAGUAACUGUAAUGCUAACGGUAAUAGUAACGAUAACGGUGACGAAAACGGUCACGGUAACUGUGACGGUAAUGGUAAUAGUGAUGGUUACGGUAAUGGUGAUGGUAGCGGUCACGAUCACGAUAACGAUCAUAGUAAAGGUGAUGAUAACGGUAACUAUAAUGGUGACAGUAAAAACAACUAUAACGAUAAAGGUGACGGUGAUAGUAAUGGUGAUGGUAACGAUUACGGUUGCGGUUACGGUAACAGUUAUGAUGACGGUAGCGGUAAUGGUGGCUGUGACAGUAAUGGUACAAAUAAAGGUGACGGUGAGGGUAACGGUUACGGUGAGGGUGAUGGUAACGGUUACGAUGAGGGUAACGGUAAACGUUACAGCAACAGUGACGAUAAUGGAAACUGUCACAGUAAUGGUCACUUUAAUGGUUAUGAAUACGGUAACAAUAAUCGUGACGAUGACGGUGACAAUUAUGGUAAUUGUAACGGUGAUGGUGAUAGUAACGGUUAUGGUAACAGUUACGGUGAUGGUGACAAAAUAGUCACUAAUUGUAACGGUGACGGUAACAAUAACGGUGGUGAUAAAAGUAACAGUGAUGAUAAUGGUAACGGUGACGGUGAUAGUCACAGUGAUGAUAACGGUGACGGUGAUGAUGAUGGUAACAACGAUGGUGUCGAUAACGAUAAUAGUAACGAUAACAGUAACAAUGACGGUAACGGUGAUAGUGACAAUAAUGGUGAUUACGGUGAUGGUAAUGGUAACAGUAACAAUAAUGGUGAUCGUGACUGUGACGGUGACGAUGACGAUGACGAUGACUGUAAUGGUAACAGUGACGGUAACGGUGAUGGUCACGAUAAUAGUGAUGGUAACGGUCACUGUAACAGUGGCGACAACUAUGACAGUCAUGGUGACGGUGACGGUUAUGAUAACAGUCACAAUCAAGGUAACAAUGACAGUAAGGGUGAUGGUGAUGGUAAUGGUAACGGUAACGGUGUGGGUAAUGAUAACGCUAACAGUAACGGUAACGGUGACGAUAAUGGUGACGGUAAAGAUGACAAUAACAGUGAUAGUAACGAUGACGGUAACGGUGAUGGUAACGGUAAUAGGAAAGGUCACAAUAACGGUAAUGGUGAUGAUAAUGUGUGA